AAUAAAUAACAUACACAAAACGCAUGAAAGUGUACGAAGGCUAACCGCCAAUUUCAGGAUGUUUCUGCACGUUAACUCCGAAAGAGAUUAACAUCAGAUGACCGUGAACCGCACGAGUUACGAAACCGGAGGAGUGACUCGACUUUUAACGGCUCCGCGGUCCUUCUCGUUGUUCCAUCGCCGGACAGCGCAGCGACCCCGCACCUCGGCAGCCCCCUUUUGUCCCUAAGGCCGAGUCCGAGCCCGGGUUUUAGGGAAGAAGAUGCCGUUCGGUGUCCGGUCUGCAGGGCUAGUGGAGCUCCGCCAUGCAGGACGGCACUGACACCGAGACUGUGUCUGGUUGGGCCCGGUGGCCUUCUUGGCGCCCGACGUCCAUGUCCCUGCUGAAGAGCACCGAAGCGAAGCUCCUUGCUUGUAUCCAGAAUGAGCUCUGGGCUCGCUUUGUCACACUGCCCACUCAGGACAGGAUAUGGACCUUAACCGUCACCAACAGGCACCAACCCAAAGUCCAAAAACCAGUCUCGAAGACCCCCCUGGUGAUGAUCCAUGGAUUCGGGGGUGGGGUGGGUCUCUGGAUCCGCAACCUGGACCCCCUGAGCCGCUCUCGACCGAUCAUCGCCUUCGAUCUGCUGGGGUUCGGCCGCAGCUCCCGGCCUCGCUUUCCUAAGGACGCCAGCCUGGCUGAGGAGAAGUUCGUCACCUCCAUCGAGCAGUGGAGGCGGGCUCUCGGCCUGGAACGCAUGAUUCUAUUGGGUCACAGCCUUGGCGGUUACCUGGCAACAUCCUACACUAUACAGUACCCUGAGAGGGUCAGUCACCUGAUCCUUGCUGACCCCUGGGGUUUCCCCGAGAAGCCGCAGCCCGUGGCCGACGGGACGGAUGACAGGCGUCCGAAGCUCCCCCGCUGGCUGAAGGUCACAUUUUCCAUCGUCUCACUCUUCAACCCCUUGGCUGUGAUCCGGGCGGCGGGACCCUGGGGUCCAGGCUUGGUCAACAGAUUCCGACCGGACUUCAAGAGGAAGUUUGAGGACCUCUUUGAUGAUGACACUAUAACACAGUACAUCUACCACUGCAAUGCACAGAAUCCCAGCGGGGAGGUGGGCUUCAAGGCUAUGUCUGAGUCCCUGGGCUGGGCCCAGAGGCCCAUGCUGCAGAGGGUCCACCUGCUUCCCCCUGCCCUGCCCGUUACCCUGCUGUACGGCGCCCGCUCCUGGAUGGACAGCAAUACAGGACAUAGGGUGGCUCAGCUGAGGCCCCACAGCUACAGCCACACUGUGGUGAUAGAAGGAGCUUCUCACCACAUCUACGCUGAUCAGCCGGAGGAGUUCAACAGAGUGGUGCGGGAAAUUUGUGACAGUGUGGACUGAGGAGAAAUGUGGACUGUCUUUUUGUAUCACCCUUAUUACUUCAUUCUCUCUCACGCACCCACACACCCACCCACCCACACACACACACACACACACACACCCGCACAGACAAUGUAACUACAUUUCUUGAGGGGUUUGAACACAGUCCCAUAGACUGAAACUCAGUGAUGUCUCUCCUGGUCCAGUGUUGCCACAUUCUUCCCACAUUUAAUAAAGUGGAAGGACCUGAAACACUUUGACUGCAUGAGCUUGUAGACAUGCAGCUCUGAAAAAUCAGACCUUAUAGAAACAGUUCACAAAAAAUGAAUGAUCAUAAGAUGAGUAUAUGCAUUUUUUUAAAAAAUUCUAAAACACGCACAUUGAUGUUGCCAAGCAGAAUGGGGGCAAAAUACUUUUCCACGUCGUCCAAAAGCAGUUUCAAUGGGGGAACUUGAACCUGUUCCUUAACUGCUAAACAAAUGAUUAUGGAACUGGAGUAUAGAUGCCCCCCCCCCCAUUUCAGCAGUGAGGGUGAAGAAUCAGGUCCAACAUAGAAGUUCAUGAAUACUUCACAGCCACCCUUUUCCAGUGAGAGGAUUUUAUGAAUAGAUUCACAGCUGUAAAUUCCUUUAGGUUUGAGGGUUGGUGUAUGAAAUGGACUUGAAAUUUUUAUUGCAAGUUGAAGGUUAAAGUUGCAGUCGUAUCAUAAUCCAACCAUUGGGGUCAGUUAAGAUCAAACCACAUUUAUACAUGUGGGAUCUCGAUCUUGUUUUUUCAUACAUUUCUCUGUUUUAAUUUUACCACAACUGUUUUUCUCAGAGUUGAAAUGUAGAUGAAGUAAGAUUAUUUAGGAGGUGUUCAAUGCUUCAAAUACCAAAAUUUAUUUAAUAACGAACAGGAAAAAAAAAACGGCAUGCACAUAAAUGCUAUAUGUGUGAAUUAUAAAUUAUAUCCCAGGAUGCCCCCACCACCACCUUUAUGGAAACCAGUAUAAACUUGCACAGUGAAAUGCAGCCAAUCAUAUUGUCAUAAGCUGCAGUUAAAAACACACGGUGCCUUCCUUUCUUUCUUGACCUUUUCACAACUCAGCACCCUUUGAGAGUGGGUGGAACUGGGCCGUUCUUCCAGUCUCAGCCACUUGUUUGUUGUUCCGCCUGAAGUUCUUUUCCAGAUUUUUUUUGUUUUUCCAGCAGUCUGUUAUGUAUUCCAAUCUCGUCAGUCCAGUAUUUCCAAAUGAGAUGUGCACAUGUCCACAAAGCUCCUUUUUUCAGAAUCUGUUACUAAUCAUUGACAUACAUUUAAAGUAUAAACAAAUACAUAGCCAGCCAGUGGGAGGCAGUACAGAGUACCGAAACAAUGAGCGUACGACCGCCUCCGUUUGACUCGUUCGCAGUGUUUACAGCUUGAAUUUGUGAGCAUCGGUGCUCAAUAGCAAUGUGAGGAACAUUGCACAAGUUUCUGGGAUGAAUCAGUCAACAGGCACUGCUGAAUAGAAGAUUGUGCAGAAAAUGCAUUUUUAUUUUCAGACAUAUUGAAUUAGUUUUAACAUUGAAAGUAACUGAAAGUGAAUAAAAAUGCUGUUCAUUUACUGUAGCUAUAUUGGUGCCUUGUAAGGAACCCCGGGGAUGUCUGAAUUAAGCUUUUACUGAGGGUG